GUAUUUGUCUGAAACGCUGAGAAUUCGAUUGUCUCCGUCACUAACAAGCUUGAGGCUGCUGUCAGAGUGUCCAGAGGAGCGCCAUUGUACAGGUGGUGCACUGCUUGUUGGUAAUCCGUGGAUUGAAACUGUACCGCCCUUCAAAGGAAAAAAACGUCAGCAGCUCCCUGGUGCUGAAGAGGAGGUUAAAAUGAUUGGUGAGAUAUUAAACGUUGAGCCUCUCAUUGGAAAAAACGCUACAAAAGAACAAGUGCUAAGCAGGCUAAACUCAGUUUCUUUAGUUCACAUUGCAGCUCACGGUUCUGCAGAAAGGGGUGAAAUUCUGUUGUCACCUAAUCUUGGCGGCUCUGAACCUCUCGAAGAGAAAGACUUCCUCUUGACGAUGACAGAUGUGUUGAAUGCAGAACUGGACGCCAAGCUUGUUGUCUUGAGCUGCUGUCACAGCGGACAAGGAGAGAUCAAGGCUGAGGGCGUGGUUGGUAUUGCACGUGCCUUUUUAGGAGCUGGUGCGCGUUCUGUUAUUGCCUCACUUUGGGCGGUUAACGACCAAGCUACUCUGGUGUUUAUGAGACACUUUUACGAACACUUGGUCAAGGGGCAGAGUGCAAGUAAAUCGCUUCAUGAGGCCAUGAAAAUGAUGCGGGAGUCGAACGACUUCAAUGCCGUUAUGUACUGGGCACCAUUUAUGCUGAUUGGCGAUGACGUCACUUUAAAUUUCGACCAAUGAAGGUGAGGUUCUUUGGGUAAUUUUAGUUGAAAAUGUUAUUUAGUCGAUGAAACGCACAAAGACAGUGUUAGAAAUACCACACGUUGAUAAUACUUAUAAGAUAAAAAAUAGUUUCGGAUGAAGAAGAUUAAAAUGGAAUUACUACGAAAAAAACUUGAAAAUUUUUGGGCUAAAUUUUUUAAUGCGACAAAUGUAUAUGAAAUAAAUCAUAAAUGAAAACAGCGGGAAAUGAAAUCAAGUAAAGAAUGAUCCUCGUAGUUGUGAACGCAAUUUAUGCAAUAUGCGUAAGAGAAACCUGUACAAACCUAAAAAAAACUUCAGCCCGGAAUUUCAACGGGAUUUCAACCCGUGACCUCGCGAUACCUGUGCGAAGCUCUAACCAACUGAGCUAUGAAGCCACUGAUGUUGGGAGCAGGUAACAAAUGACAACAGCGAGGAUCAUUCUUUACUUGAUUAAAGUUUUUAAGUUGCAAAAAACGUUGUUGCAGUUUAGAGAAAUACAAGAAUUUUGUCUUUGAAUGCUAUUCCCAGUUUCUGAAAUUAAGCCCUCCGGAGAGUGUAAAACAGAGGCUUCGGAAAUAUCGGAAAUGACCUACCUUGGGGUAAUUUAAGAAGAUUUACCCUGAAGACCCUUAUACGUUUCCUUAUAAAAAAUAACAAUCAUGUUUUUUCAGUCACAGUGCAGCACAUUAUGACGAACUCUAGAUGAUGAGAUACUCACUUGCCGGUACCUUUGUCGCUUGCAGACUGGGAUACAAGUAAAAGAAUAAAAACGAAAGCAACCAGGAACUAAUGACAUUUACUAAUAUAAUGUCUCUGCAUUCAGUAGCGCACGAAUUCAGCUUCUCACGUGACAACCUUUCUCGAAUCAGCUAUAUACUCGUAACAUCCAGUACUACACGCUCAAAUCACUGAGGACUCAGCUUAAUAUUGUUUGUUUUAUCCAUUUAUAUUUGAUAGUUAGUCUUUUAAGAAG